AUGACCGCCACCCUCCCUUUCCGCGACAUCAACGUCCACGCCUCCUCCACGUACUAUGCUUUCUCCUCACCCUCCUCCCCCAACGCUCCCACCCUAGUAGUCGACCGACCUUCGGGUGAUCUCCGCCUCAACGAUGGCAAGCUCACAGGCGGAAACCGCGUGUCCAGCAUCUCCGGGAUCCUUGGCAUCAUCAAACUCCGCCUUGACAGCUAUGUCAUUAUCAUCUCCAAAUCCACGCCUGUCGGCCGACUAAAAGGCCACCAAAUCUACAAAGUCGUCUCGACCGAGUUCCUACCCUUGCGAGAACGGACUGUAAAGGAUGUCGAGGAGGAGACCUACCUAAAGUAUCUGCAAAUGCAGAUCAAGUCGGGACCGAUGUACUUCUCCUACUCUUUUGACCUGACCAACUCCUUCCAACGACAGGCACAGUGUGAUCUGUCCCAGCCAUUAUGGCAGCGGGCGGACGACCGCUUCUUCUGGAAUCGAUUCGUGUGUAGUUCGCUCAUCGACUUCCGGGAAGGCAAGGCUUCCGGCCGUCUGUCCAUGACAUCCUCUCCGCAUCCGGCCGCGGACGCGUACAUCUUGCCCAUCAUGUUCGGCAUGAUGAGUAUCACCAACACCUCCAUCAAGGGCCACUCACUAACUUUCGUCCUCAUCACCCGCCGAUCCCGCCACCGAGCUGGAACUCGAUAUCUGUCUCGGGGCUUGGACGAAGAAGGCCAUGUCUCCAACUUCAACGAAACAGAACAGUCCAUCAUCCUUAAUGACAGCGCCUCCGCCGGUCUUACUAGCUUCGCGGGCGACCAAGGCUUCUCCAAUGGCAAGCCCAUCGGCGGUGGCAGAGACACUCAAGUCUUAUCUUACGUGCAAACCCGUGGCAGCGUCCCCGUGUUCUGGGCCGAAGUCAACACGCUCCACUACACCCCCCGCCUCCAAAUCCGCGGCGUCGAAUCUGCCACUAGCGCAGCCAAACGGCACUUCGACGAACAGAUCCGGCUGUACGGGGAGAACUAUAUGGUGAACCUUGUCAACCAAAAAGGGCGCGAGAUGCGAGUGAAAGACGCCUAUGAACAAGUCGUCAAGAUCUUGCAGUCCUCUCCCACCGAGCAACAAGAAGGCGACCGUCGAACGAAUGAACGCUUCAACGUGAUAGACUCUGCAGACAAACGUGGCUGGUACGACCACCUACACUACAUCUACUUCGACUUCCACAACGAAACUAAAGGCCUGAAAUGGCAUCGUGCCCAACUCCUUCUCGACCAGCUCCGCGACGGAUUGUUGGCGGGUGGCUACUUCCACGGCAUCGAUACUCCCACUGGCUCCAUUGACGUCCGACGCAAGCAAACCGCCGUCGUGCGAACAAACUGUAUGGACUGCCUCGACCGCACCAACGUCGUGCAGUCAAUGCUGGGUCGGUGGACGCUGACCCGUCAACUGACCGACCUCGGCAUAUUGAAAGCGGGCGAAACCGCGCAGGAAGAUCAUACAUUUGAGCACCUCUUCCGCAACAUCUGGGCCGAUAACGCAGACGUAGUCUCAAGAUCUUAUUCCGGCACGGGAGCGCUGAAGACCGAUUUCACGCGUACCGGCAACCGGACGCGCGCCGGCGCCAUACAAGACUUGAACAACAGCGUAACGCGAUAUAUCCGCAACAACUUCACCGACGGACCGAGACAGGAUGGCUUUGACCUCUUCCUGGGGGCUUAUCAACCCGAUCACGCAGCCGUGGGGCAAGGGCAGCAGUUUUUGGAUCGAAGACCGCUAUUAAUCCAAGCCGUGCCGUACGUGCUGGGAUUCUGUGUCUUCUUCGUCACCGUCAGCGCCACGACUGCGCGACUUCCGGAUGCGACAGUCUGGCCGCUGCGGCUGUUUACACUGAUGUGUAUGGGCGUGGCGGGGUAUGCGGGUAGGUUUAUGUGGAGUUUCGGAAGUCUUUAUGUCAACUGGCCCAAACUCAACACGCCAGCUUGGGCGAUUGAGGCGUACGAAGAUACGCUGAGCAAGGCCUAUCAGGAUCCGAUUAUCGGACGCUUGAUUGGCGGACGCAGGAAUGCCGGAAGUGAGCGCGGUUCGGGGGUUUUGGAGGAGGGGAAGAAAAGGAGGGAGUAG